UGCAUAGUGGUUUCGUUGUGACGUCGUUUUCGUGCCAGCUGUCCUUGAGCAACCAUCAAGGUCCUUAAAACUCAAAUUCCCAAAUACACAAACGUCGUACACGAAGCCAAAGGUACCACUCGUACAACAACAUCAAAAUGCCUAUCUCGGACGCCAAUCCUUUCGCCUAUCGCGAGAGCCACAAUGCCCAAGCUGUCUGGACCUACAAGAUCUUGACGAUUCUUACAUGGCUUCUCACAGUCAUCACCAGCAUCUACUAUACCUAUGGCGUCCCUCAGGAUGAUAAAGUGUCCAGGCGAGGCACGAUCUGGGGUCAAAAUAAUCGCUAUCCUACGCCAUUCUCUGUCAAUUCUCUGAUGGCCUCUCUGUACUGGCUCGCCCUCUUCCUCUUUCAGAUCGCCUACCUCUGGCACCUGUUCUCCAAGUCCACUGAGAAGGUUCAGGCUGCUGCUGGAGUCGGAAGCCACUUCAUUUUCAACAACCUCCUACAAUUCGCCUUUGUCAUGCUGUUCGUCCGCGGACAUUUUGUCAUUGCUGAGAUCAUCGUGAUCAUCAACUUCUUCAACCUCUCCUCCCUCUACUUCCGUCAUGCAACGCAUCCUCGAUUGAUCCAUAUUCCAGCCGUAUCUGGACCUUUGGCAUGGACAUUUUUCGCUUUAUACUGGAAUGGAGCCAUCGCUGUCAACGCUCAUUCGCUACCUGCUCGCAUCCUGGCUAAUAUCGCCAUCUGGGGUAUCUUGGUCUAUGGAUGGUUCUUCCUUGUCAUCUACAAGGACUAUACUAUGGGCUUCGCACUUUCCAUUAUCACUGCCUCGCUGGGUGUUCAUCAAUUCUUCAUUAGAGCUAUUGCAUUCCAGUGGAUCUUUGCUUUCACGAUUAUGGCUACCCUUUUCAUCACUACUCUGCUCGUUGCCGUCCCAGGCAUCUUUGGCAAGGAGAUCAGCUUCCGGAGAGAGCAAGAUGUCGUACCAUCCGACCAAGAGAGAGCUCCACUUUUGGACGACGCCUAAGCGAAUCCUGCUUAGUAUUACAAGGGGAGAUGUGCGAAGGUGAGGGAGGACUAGAGACCGUCGAAAAUUGCAUUAAGGGCGAAGAGUGCGUUGGGACGACUUGUUUUUCUGAUUCUUGAUACCACUCCGCUUCUUUCAGUAUGGGGUUUGGGACAAAAAUUCUUUUCUAAGUAAUUGCUUUCCGAUGGAGAUACAAACAAUGGUGUGCAUCUGGGGCCUUGAGGGUAUAUUCGCAGGUUUUGCAGUUUCGCAUGGGGUAUGAUUGAUGAAGAGAUGCUCGACUUUCAAAAAUAAAACGUAAAUUGAAAG